AUGGCCAGAGGUGGUGAAGAAUGGAAGCCAUUUAUGGCAAUGGUAGGAGUCGACCUUGCCUUCGCAGUCGUGAACAUUCUUCUCAAGAAAGUGCUCGACGAGGGAAUGGACCAUUUGGUUCUUGUAACCUACCGCCUCUCCAUUUCAGCCAUUUUCUUAGCCCCAAUCGCCUACUUUUGGGAAAGGGAUAGCAGACCAAGGCUCACACUUCGCAUCUUAUGCUAUCUCUUCCUCAGUGCCAUUAUUGGGGCAUCUCUAACACAAUACCUGUUCCUCCUGGGGAUUCAAUACACAUCGGCCACUUUCUCAUGCGCCUUCAUCAACAUGGUGCCCGUCCUCACGUUUCUAAUGGCUUUACCGUUCGGAAUAGAGGCAGUGAACUUGAAAUGCAACAGUGGGCGAGCCAAAGUCAUAGGAACACUCGUCUGCAUAGGUGGCGGUGCUUUAUUGACGCUUUACAAAGGACCAUCUCUAUUUGAAAAUUCCCAUGUCACUAAUCGCAUGAUGGACAGCACUAUUGGCAUAAGCUCUGCCAAGAAAGCUGAGAGAUGGACCAUUGGUACAAUAGCUCUGGUCAUAGGAACACUCUCCUGGUCUUCCUGGUUUCUUCUGCAAUCAAGCAUAGGCAAGAGGUACCCCUGCCAGUAUUCCAGCACGGCCAUCAUGUCCUUCUUUGGUGCCAUUCAGUCCGCCAUCUUGAGUUUUUCGACGGGCAGCCACUUCUCUGUGUGGAUUCUACGAGGGUGGAUACAAGUAGCAACGGUUAUGUUUGCUGGGAUGGUAGGAUCAGGGUUGGGGUACGUGACAAUGUCAUGGUGCGUAAAGAAAAGGGGUCCAGUCUUCACGGCCGCCUUUAGCCCUCUAGUUCAGAUUAUGGCAGCCAUGAUAGAUAUCCCCGUUUUGCAUGAGCGCUUCUAUCUUGGAAGUCUGUUAGGAUCCAUCGCUGUGAUCAUUGGCCUCUACAUCCUUCUUUGGGGUAAGAAGAAAGAAAUGCAGAAUUUUGCGACCAAACUGGCUCAAGAAGCUGAAGAGAACAAGACGCAGGAGCCACAUUUGCAGGUCAUUACAGUCUCCAGCGAUUCACAUCCUUCUUGA